AUGUCUUUCUUCAAGAAGAUCACCCAGGAGUUUGAGAACCUCGGGUUCGGUGACAAGAAGAAGGAAGAGGGAGCUCCUCAGCAGGCUCAGGAUAACACCCGUGCCUACGGCGAUAACGGAUACGGAGCUCCUCCUCAGGGCUACGGCUCUCCUGCUCCUCAAGGCUACGGCGCUCCUCCUCCCCAGGGCUACGCCUCUCCUCCUCCUCAAGGCUACGGAGCUCCUCCCCCUCAGAGCUACGGUGGUUCUCCUCCUCCUCAGGGUUACGGUUCGCCCGCUCCUCAGCAAUACGGCUCGCCCGCUCCUCAACAGUCAUACGGCGCCCCUCCUCCUCAGCCCGCCUACCAACCUCCUUCCGAUCGUCCUCCUCUGCCUCACGGUUGGACUGCCCAGUUCGAUCAGAACUCCCAGCGAUGGUACUACGUUGAGCAGGCCACCGGCCGCACUCAGUGGGAGGCUCCCCAGGCGCAGCACGCUCCCCCUCCUCCUCCUCCCGAUUCUCGUCCUCCCUACGAGUCGCAUCCUUCUGAUGGAGCUCGUGACUUCGGUGGUGCCCCCGGUGGAUAUGGUUCUCCCGCUCCCGGUGGCUACGGUGCUCCCUCGCCUUACGGCGCUCCUGGUGCCCCCUCGCCCUAUGGUGCUCCAGGCGGUUACGGAUCGCCUGCUCCAGGUGGCUAUGGAUCACCUGCUCCUGGUGGCUACGGUGCUCCCUCUCCUUAUGGCGCUCCUGGUGCUCCUUCUCCUUACGGAGCCCCUUCUCCCUACGGCGCUCCUGGUGGACAUGACCAAUAUGGUGCUCCCGGUCAGGAGGGUGAGCGCGGUACCAACCCUUAUGGACAGCAAGCUGGAGAAAAGAAGAAGAGCAACUCCGGCAUGCUCCUUGGUGCCGCCGGUGGUCUCGCUGCUGGUGCUGUAGGUGGUGCGCUGAUCGCCAACGCCUUGAACGACGACAGUGACGAGGAGCGUGAGAAGGAAGCCGCUGCUGCUGCCGCCGCUGCUCCUGCUGCUGAACAACAACCCCAGGUCAUCAACAACUACUACGGCGCUCCUCCUGAGGACGACCCCUACGCCCGUGGUGACCCCUACGGUGCUCCUCCUGAGGAUGAUAUGCCCCCUGCAGUUCUGCCUCCUACCGAUGCGGACGGUGACUCUGUCUCAUCCAGCGACCGAGAAGAUGUUGAAGAUGCUCGCGCAGACUACGAGGAGGCUCUGCGAGAUGCUGCCGAUUCAGAUGCUGGUAGCAGCGAGGAAGAGGCCCUUGAAGAGGCUCGUGAAGAGUACGAGGAGGCCUACGAGGAGGUGUAUGAGGAUGAGUAG